AUGGAGGGAGUAGUGUCUGGGGCAGGGAAACUACUCAUUCCCUGGCCUGGGCUCUCCCACCCAGACAGACUGAAGCACUGCCCAGAACAGGCUGGAAGAGAAGUGGGGGAGAGAGAUGAUGGAGAGAGAAAGAGAGAGAAAGGAGGGAGAAAAUAGGAAGAGAGGGAUAUAGAAGGGAGGAUUAGGGAGAGAGGGACGGGGUUGGGAGUUGAGAACGAGAGAGAAAAUGGAUAAUUUACAACAGAAGGAAGAGAUGUGGGCACAAAACAGGAGACAGAAUAAAGGACGGACAGAAGAUAUGGAUAGUUUGAAGUCAGCACGAGAGAGAGCAGAGAGAGAGAGAGGCGAGAGAUGGCGAGGAGCGAGAGAGAGGAGAGAGAGAGAGAGAAAGUGAGAGAGAGAAGCCUCCUCCUUAGAUUAAACAAUAGAAGUGGGGGGACAGGGGUGUCAUUGUACUGCCUGUGAGACUGUGCCGUGUGCCCACAGGAGUAGAAAGGGUGGUGGUGGCACUCUGUUUUAGGGACUUUAUUUGCUCGGUGACGUUUUAUCUGCCAGCAGAUGUGCCUAUAAGCUAACUUCCUGACUAACAUCUUUAUUUCUGUCUUUCUUUCUGUCUCUCUCUCUCCAUCUCUCUUUGUCUGUUAGUCUGUUGCAUUUCGACAUGUUCUUGAAUCUCAAGGGCUUGUAGGAUACAAAAUGUGUUUUAUGUAAAUAGUAGGCUUUUGGGGUAUGAUAAAUAUAACGUUUUAUAGUACGUGGAAUUUUGAAGAUUAUGUAUCCUUUAAAUGCCAGGAUGUCAUACUCAUUUCGGCUUUUCAUCUAGUAGAAUUCACUGCACACUAUUGAGGAAAACAAUCGUCUUUUCGCACCCACCUGUGUUUGACAACAGCUGAACAGCAAUGGCAGGGAACAUCUAGAUUAGAUAACGCCUUCUCAGUAUGGAGAAGUAUUAUGUUGAUAUAUAUUUUUUUGCUUAUUGCAUAUGUUUUUACUAAACAGUACAUUUGAAAUAGUAUGUAGCACUAUUAGCACACAUUAAGUCGUUUUAGUAAGUAGUAUGCAAGACAAAAACAGAUCAAUACAAGAUGGCCUUUUCUCUAGCUUCGUUUGGCCAGAGAACCAGACACAAACACCAGAACACAUACCCCCAGAGCGUUUGUAUAUACGGAUAUUAUAUUUCUCUGUAACUCUUCUGCAUAUCACCCUGGCACUUCCUCCAGUCUUAGAGCUAUGUUCACUCCUAUCUCAAUCUCACUCCAAUAGAAAUGCAUGGAAUAUGAUCCAGGCAUUUCAACUCAGAGGAAGAUGAGUAAACAAUGUUAUGUUGUAGUCUGUAGACUUUAUAGUGUGGUGUCUAAUGCACAGCAGGUCAUUUCAGUCCACUACUGCUUGCUCAGCAGGGACUCCCUCCCUAACUCCCAUAACUCCUUUAAACUUAACUCAGGAGAGCAGAGAUACUGUAUCUUGAAAGCUCAGAUUGCACUUAGUCUCAAAAGUGUGAGGAUACAUAUGCAGUAGGAUACAGACCCGUUUCGGUGAAGAUUUAAAAGUAGGAAUUUAGAAACGGAGGAGCUGGCAACAAAAAUUUGAACUCUACCAAAUUACUCUAAAACUUUCUCUGGGCUACAGCAGUGAUCCACUAUAUAGAUAGCCAUGCUAGCUUUGCCCUAAUGUUGGUGCUAGCAAGCAGGCUAGGUAGUGCUAGGUAUCAACAGCCAAUCCAGUAGGGGCUGGAAACUAUAGUGAGCUUCGAUUGGUCAAUAUAUGUAUAUUGACCAAUAUUCUCCCUCCCCUCCUUUCCUCCCUCCACUGUUGGAGCUUAAUAAGAAACGUGUGUGAGAGCUAUGAGGGACAGUCUUCUCUCUGAGUGUUUGAUUGGGAGGGGAGUAUAGGCAUGAUGUCAUCAAUGGUGAGAUGCAGAGCGUCUGUGAGCCAUUAGUUUAAAACUCCCCUUACACACUUCUAUAGAGGGGUGUAUGUGUAUUGACAUUGGUUUGUUAAUUCAAAGUAGCAAGGAUGAACACUAAUCUCACUGACCUUUCACUGUGGUUGCUGUUAACAAUACUGCGGUGAGAAAGGUAGCUACAGAUUCUGCUGCAGGUGAAAAGAAAGAGAGCAGAUAGGAGUAAGGGAUGGAUUUUCUCCUUGCCUUUAAUUGGCUACCUUGUGUGCCAGUGGGGCAUUAUCAGUCAAGGCAUCGCAUUGCUAUGGCAGCAUGUUUGUUUACUAUCUCUAAAUCAAUGUUCUAUAUGCUAAUGAGCGCAGUGGUGCACUCUGGGAAGGGACUAAUGGUGGUUGUAAAGUGACCCCUCAGCAGGAAGCAUCGAUCCAGCUGCUGACACAUUGGAUCAUCACACACAGACAUACACUCACGAACGCAUUCAUUUACAUUUACAUUUUUACAUUUUAGUCAUUUAGCAGACACUCUUAUCCAGAGCGACUUACAGUUAGUGAUUACAUAUAUUUUUUUUUUUAUACUGGCCCCCCAUGGGAAUCGAACCCACAACCCUGGCGUUGCAAACGCCAUGCUCUAUCAACUGAGCUACAUCCCUGCCGGCCAUUCCCUACCCUGGACGAUGCUGGGCCAAUUGUGCGCCGCCCAGUCGCGGCCAGCUGCGACAGAGCCUGGAUUCGAACUAGGAUCUCUAGUGGCACAGUUAGCACUGCGAUGCAGUGCCUUAGACCACUGCGCCACUCAGGAGCUCAAAAACUUUCUCUGGGCUACAGCAGUGAUCAUUCACACACACAUUCACACGCAUACACACACACACACAGACACACACAUAUACACAAAGAGACAGUAACCCAGUCGCACAGUAAUCUCACUUUAUGAAAUGAAACCCCUACUUUGUAAGGGUGGGUGUGUCUACACUGACUGAUUUCUAUAACGUCACCUCCCAUUCCAUAUCUCAAUUAUACCAUACUUCCUGCUCUAAUGAUCUCUCUCUCUCUCUCUCUCUCUCUCUUGCUCUCUCUCUCUCUCAUUCUGUGUAUGUGUGUGUGUUUGUGUGUGUGUAAUGAGUUCUCCUUUGACAGAUUUAGCCUGGUGCUAAGGAUGUGAAGGGGACUCUUAUCAGCAGUGGAAAAUGAAAGAGGGAUUUUCAGAGAAAGGCAGGAAAGAACAGAGCGCCUUUUAACUCCAAUCUGCUUCAGCAUGGGGUCAAUAAACCUGCGGCAGGAGUAAAAUUGAGUUCAGACCUCCCUCCCUCCCUCCACCCAUCCCCCCUAUUUCUCCAGUCUCUGACACUUUUUCUGCAGCUCAAUUCCCUCUCUCCGUCUCUAUCUUCUCCUUCUUCCAUCCCCCCUUUUCUUGCUAUCUCUGACUCUCACUACUCUACUUCCCUCAUUCUCCUCUCUCCUUCUCUUCUUUCUCUAUCACUCAGUGAUUCUCUUCCUCCAAAUUCCAUCUCUUCCCUUGUCUCACUCUCCUCCAGGCAGUAUUGCAUGGCUGGCCUCAAUUCACAAGGACAUCUCACCCAGCCCUACAUUUAAACAAGGAGGAGAAGGAGAGAGUCAGAAAGCAAGUUGGUGAGGACAGAGAAAUAAGAAGUGAGAGAGAAAGAAAUAGCAAAAGGAGGUAUAAAUGAGCGUGACAGAGAAUUUUUUAGUAAAGCUGUGAUGUCUGUCACUUUCUUGGAACACCUGUUAUUUUCCCAGAAUACACCUCUACCACCUGUAAAGAGAGAGAGAGAAGGAAAGUGAUAGUGAGAGAGAAAGAGAGAGGGGAGUGAUAGAGGAAGGGGUUAGCGAGAUUGUAGUUCCUCAGAACUAGACUUUUUGCAAAAAUAGCCUCGGCCACACAUAUACUUGUCACGACUUCCUCCGAAGCUGCCUCCUCUCCUUGUUCAGGCAGGCUUUGGCGUUCAUCGUCACCGGCCUUCUAGCCACUGUCGCUCCUCAUCUCAUCAUUCCAUUUGUUUUGUCUUGUUUAUUACACACACCUGGUUCAUAUCCCCUAAUCAGUACCUGUAUAAGUGUUCCCUCUGCCCCCUUGUCUUUGUGUGUGAUUGUUUAUUGUGGAGGUUAGUUUAGCUCGUGGAGCUCUUUAAUUUUGUAUCGCCGGGAUAUUCACCCGUGUGCCUUGUUGUUUCCAGUGCGCUGUAUAUUUCCACACUGGAGUGUUUGACGCAUUGCUGUGUCAACGGAAUAAACCUGUUAUUCUGUGAUUUACCCUCCUGCGCCUGAAUCACAUCACCACAAUACUGCAAUUUAAACUUGCAAACUUGUCACAUCUCUAGCGUUACCUCCGGACGUAGCGCACAACACUCACCCGACAGUUGCCCCCCUCUAAGUAGGGCAGUGUAAACACAAUUGUCUCGGUGAGCCAACAAUCUUACAGUAAAAAUUGUAAUAGCAUAGCAAUGUCUUUUGAAACAUCUGAAAUGUACAGACAUUUUCCUUAUUUUUUGGACUUGUUUUAAUUGAGUUUUUACUAGAAAUUGUAGUAACAGCUUGUUACAUUCUGAAAUUGUCGCUUAAAAUUUCAAGUUUUUUUAUUUUUUUUUGCUUGACUGCACUGACUCACCAAGGUCCAGGCAAGAAGCAACUCCACAGUGAAUUAUCAAUGUUUUCAGUCGCAAUUUUCUUUUUUACCUCAUAGAAUGACUUCCAUCAUAUUACUAAAAUGAAUCAUGGUUUGUUCUAAGGUCACUUCAAUAUGGUAGCUAGUGUAAGCCUAUAGGAGCUCCUAUCUAGCUAUGGUUCAGCUAAACAUCUGCAUUCUGCUACAGCAAGCACGUUUAAUUAUUUUGUUUAGCUAGCCAGCUUGCUAGCAAACGUCACCUAGCUGAGUAACCUAUAUUAUAAAAUGAAGAUAUCCUAUCAACGGGACCUGAAGAACUGUAAAAUUCUAUGUUUCUCAGAGUCUUGGCUGAACAAGGACAUGGAUAAUAUAGAUGUCAUGGGUUUCUCCAUGCAUCGUCUAGACCGGAUGGUAUUCUCGGGUAAGACUGAGAGGGGAGGGGUGUGUCUCUUUGUUAACAGCAGCUGGUGCACAAUCUCUAAUAUUAAGGAAGCCUCGAGUGUUUGCUCGCCUGAGUUAGAACACCUCAUGAUAAGCUGCAGACUAUACCAUACUAUUUACCAAGAGAGUUUUCAUCUAUAUUUUUUCGUAGCUGUCUAUUUACCACCACAAACCAAUGCUGGCACUAAGACCGCACUCAGCAAGCUGUAUAGGGCCAGAAGCAAACAAGAAAAUGCACAUCUGCUUCUCGUGGUCUGUGAUUUUAAUGCAGGGAAACUGAAAUCAGUUUUACCUCACAUUUACCUGCAUGUCACCGGUGCAACUAGAGGCGACAAAACACGAUCACCUUUACUCAGCACACAGAAACGCAUACAAGGCUCUCCUUCACCUUCCCUUUGAAAGAUCUGACCACAACUCUAUCAUCCUGAUUCCUGCUUACAAGCAAAAACUCAAACAGGAAGUGCCUUCUAUGCUCGCUUUGAGGCAAGCAACACUGAACCAUUCCGGACGACUGUGUGAUUUCGCUCUCCGCUCAAUAAGGGAGUGGUCAGAUGAAGCGGAUGCUAAGCUACAGGACUGUUUCACUAGCACAGACUGGAAUAUGUUCAGGGAUUCAUUCGAUAACAUUGAGGAGUUUACCACAUCAGUCACCGGCUUCAUUAGUAAAUUAAUCGACAAAGUCGCCCUCACAGUGUAUGUGGACACCCAUACUCACAAAAGUAUGUGGACACCCCUUCAAAUUAAUGGAUUUGGCUAUUUCAGCCACACCAGUUGCUGACAGGUGUAUAAAAUCGAGCACACAGCCAUGCAAUCUCCAUAGACAUGAUUUGGCAGUAGAAUGGACCUUACUGAAGAGCUCAGUGACUUUCAACAUGGCGCUGUCAUAGGAUGCCACCUUUCCAACAAGUCAGUUCGUCAAAUUUCUGCCCUGCUAGAGCUGCCACAGUCAACUGUAAGUGCUGUUAUUGGGAAGUGUAAACAUCUAGGAGCAACAAUGGCUCAGUCGCAAAGUGGUAGGCCACACAAGCCCACAGAACGGGACCGGCGAGUGCUGAAGCGCGUAGUGCGUAAAAAUCUUCUGUCCUCAGAUGCAACACUCACUACCUAGUUCCAAACUGCCUCUGGAAGCAACGUCAGCACAAGAAAUGUUCGUCGGGAGCUUCAUGAAGGGGUUUCCAUGGCCGAGCAGCCGCACACAAGCCUAAGAUCACUGUGCGCAAUGCCAAGCGUCGGCUGGAGUGGUGUAAAGCUCUCCGCCAUUGGACUCUGGAGCAGUGGAAACACGUUCUCUGGAGUAAUGAAUCACACUUAACCAUCUGGCAGUCUGACGGACGAAUCUGGGUUUCGCGGAGGCCAGGAGAACGCUACCUGUCUUAAAGCAUAGUGCCAACUGUAAAGUUUAGUGGAGGAGGAAUAAUGGUCUGAGGCUGUUUUUCAUGGUUCGGUUUGGGGAAGACCCUUUCCUGUUUCAGCAUGACAAUGCCCCCUUGCACAAAGCAAGGUCCAUACAGGGUAUGAGAAUGGCGCCGGAGAAGAUGGCUGCCGUUUUACAGCCCUCUAACCAAUUGUACUAUUAUGUGUGUUUUUCCACGUUAUUUGUAAUAUAUUCUGUACAUAAUGUUUCUGCCAUCGUCUCUUAUAACCAAAAAGAGCUUCUGGAUAUCAGGACAGCGAUUACUCACCUCGUAUUGGACGAAGAUUUUUUCUUCAACAAGUCGGACGUGAAGGAUAUCCUACAGACACCCGACCCGACAAGGCCCAAAUCCCUGUCAUUCGCAUGAGAAAGAUACGGAGAUAUCGUGGACGUAGGUCUGGGUGCCUUGUAAGGAUCCGACGGCGAGCAAGUAAACUGCCUCUUCCAUCAAUCCUAUUAGCCAAUGUUCAAUCAUUUGAGAAUAAAUUGGAUGACCUAAGAUUACAGUUAUCCUACCAACGGGACAUUAAAAACUGUAAUAUCUUAUGUUUCACCGAGUCGUGGCUGAACGACAACACGGACAACAUAUAGCUAGCGGGCUAUAUGCUACAUCGGCAGGAUAGAACGGCUGACUCAGGUAAGACAAGAGGUGGUGGUCUGUGUAUAUUUGUAAACAACAGCUGGUGCACAAAAUCAAAUACUAAGGAAGUCUCAAGGUUUUGCUCGCCUGAGGUAGAGUAUCUUAUGACAAGCUGUAGACCACACUAUUUACCAAGAGAGUUUUCAUCUAUAUUUUUCAUAGCUGUCUAUUUACCACCACAAACCAAUGCUGGCAUUAAGAUUGCACGGAAUGAGCUGUAUAAGGCCAUAAGUGAACAGGAAAACAUUCAUCCAGAGACAGCUCUCCUAGUGGCCGGGGACUUUAAUGCAGGGAAACUUAAAUCCGUUCUACCAGCAUGUUAAAGGUGCAACCAGAGGAAGAACAUCUCUAGACCACCUUUACUCCACACACAGAGAUGCAUACAAAGCUCUCCCUCACCCUCCAUUUGGCAAAUCUGACCAUAACUCUAUCCUCCUGAUUCCUGCUUAUAAGCAAAAACUAAAGCAGGAAGCACCAGUGACUCGGUUAAUGAAAAAGUGGUCAGAUGACGCAGAUGCUAAGCUUCAGGACUGUUUUGCUAGCACAGACUGGAACAUGUUCUGGGAUUCUUCAGAUAGCAAUGAGGAGUACACCACAUCAGUCACUGGCUUCAUCAAUAAGUGCAUCGAUGAUGUCGUCCCCACAGUGACCGUACGUACAUACCCCAACCAGAAGCCAUGGAUUACAGGCAACAUCUGCACUGAGCUAAAGGGUAGAGCUGCUGCUUUCAAGGAGCGGGACUCUAACCCGGACGCUUAUAAGAAAUCCCGCUAUGUCCUCAGACGAACCAUCAAACAGACAAAGAGUCAAUACAGGACUAAGAUUGAAUCGUACUACACCGGCUCUGACCCUCGUCGGAUGUGGCAGGGCUUGAGAACUAUUACAGACUACAAAGGGAAGCAUAGCCGCGAGCUGCCCAGUCACACAAGACUUCCAGACGAGCUAAACCACUUCUAUGCUAGCUUCGAGGCAAGCAACACUGAAGCAUGCAUGAGAGCACCAGCUGUUCCGGAUGACUAUGUGAUCACACUCUCCGUAGCCAAUGUGAGUAAGACUUUUAAGCAGGUCAACAUUCACAAGGCCGCAGGGCCAGACGGAUUACCAGGACGUGUACUCCGAGCACGUGCUGACAAACUGGCAAGUGUCUUCACUGACAUUUCAACAUGUCCCUGACUGAGUCUGUAAUACCAACAUGUUUCAAGCAGACCACCAUAGUCCCCGUGCCCAAGGACACUAAGAUAACCUGCCUAAAUGACUACCGACCCGUAGCACUGACGUCUGUAGCCAUGAAGUGCUUUGAAAGGCUGGUCAUGGCUCACAUCAACACCAUUAUCCCAGAAACCCUAGACCCACUCCAAUUUGCAUACCGCCCCAACAGAUCCACAGAUGAUGCAAUCUCUAUUGCACUCCACACUGCCCUUUCCCACCUGGACAAGAGGAACACCUACGUGAGAAUGCUAUUCAUUGACUACAGCUCAGCGUUCAACACCAUAGUGCCCUCAAAGCUCAUCACUAAGCUAAGGAUCCUGGGACUAAACACCUCCCUCUGCAACUGGAUCCUGGACUUCCUGACGGGCCGCCCCCAGGUGGUAAGCGUAGGUAACAACACAUCUGCCACACUGAUCCACAACACAGGGGCAAAAAAAGGGGACUGAGCACACCCCCAUUCUCAUCGACGGGGCUGUAGUGGAACAGGUUGAGAGCUUCAAGUUCCUUGGUGUCCACAUCCCCAACGAACUAUCAUGGUCCAAACACACCAAGACAGCCGUGACGAGGGCACGACAAAGCCUAUUCCCCCUCAGGAGACUGAAAAGAUUUGGCAUGGGUCCUCAGAUCCUCAAAAGAUUCUACAGCUGCACCAUCGAGAGCAUCCUGACUGGUUGCAUCACCGCCUUGUAUGGCAACUGCUCGGCUUCCGACCGCAAGGCACUACAGAGGGUAGUGCGUACGGCCCAGUACAUCACUGGGGCCAAGCUUCCUGCCAUCCAGGACCUCUUUACCAGGCAGUGUCAGAGGAAGGCCCUCAAAAUGUUCAAUGACUCUAGCCACCCUAGUCAUAGACUGUUCUCUCUGCUACCGCAUGGCAAGCGGUACCGGAGUGCCAAGUCUAGGUCCAAAAUACUUCUCAACAGCUUCUACCCCCAAGCCAUAAGACUCCUGAACAGCUAAUCAUGGCUACCUGGACUAUGUGCACUGCCCCCCCACCCCCACCCCCCACCCCAUCUUUUUACGCUGCUGCUACUCUGUUAAUUAUUUAUGCAUAGUUACUUUAACUCUACCCACACGUACAUAUUACUUCAACUACCUCAACUAGCCGGUGCCCCCGCACAUUGACUCUGCACCGGUACCCCCCUGUAUAUAUAGCCUCCCUACUGUUAUUUUAUUUUACUUCUGCUCUUUUUUUCUCAACACUUUUUUGUUGUUGUUUUAUUUUACCUUUUUAAUAAAAAAAAAAAUGCACUGUUGGUUAAGGGCUGUAAGUAAGCAUUUCACGGUAAUGUCUACACCUGUUGUAUUCGCCGCAUGUGGCCAAUAAAAUUUGAUUUGAUUUUGAUUUUAAAUGGUUUGUCGAGAUCGGUGUGGAAGAACUUAACUGGCCUACACAGAGCCCUGCCCUCAACCCCAUCAAACACCUUUGAGAUCAAUUGGAUGCCGACUGCAUCUAUUGGAAAGCCUUCCCAGAAUAGUGCAGGCUGUUAUAGCAGCAAAGGGGGGACCAACUCCAUAUUAAUUCCCAUGAUUUUGGAAUGAGAUGUUCGAUGAGCAGGUGUCCACAUACUUUUGUCCAUGUAGUGUACAUAUCCCAACCAGAAGCCACACUGAGCUAAAGGCUAUAGCUGCCCACUUUCAAGGAGCUAAUCCGGACGCUUAUAAGAAAUCUCGCUACGACCUCCGACAAGCCAUCAAACAGGCAAUGUGCCGGACGACUGUGUGAUUUCGUCCUCCGUAGCCAAUGUAAAACCUUUAAACAGAUUCACAAGGCCACGGGGCCAGAUGGAUUACCAGGACGCGUACUCAGAGCAUGCGCUGAUCAACUAGGAAGUGUCUUCACUGACAUUUUCAACCUCUCCCUGACCCUGUCUAUAAUACCUACAUGUUUCAAGCAGACCACAUUUUACAUUUACAUUUUAGUCAUUUAGCAGACGCUCUUAUCCAGAGCGACUUACAGGAGCGCCAUAGUCCCUGUGCCCAAGAACGCCAAGGUAACCUGUCUAAAUGACUAUCACCCCGUAGAACUCACAUCUGUAGCCAUGAAAUGCUUUGAAAGGCUGGUCAUGGCUCACGUCAUCACUAUCAUCCCAGACACCCUGGACCCACUCCAAUUCGUAUACCGCCCCAACAGAUCCACAGAUGAUGCAAUCUCUAUUGCACUCCACACUGCCCUCUCCCACCUGGAUAAGAAGAACAACUGUAUGUGAGAAUGCUGUUCAUUGACUACAGCUCAGCAUUUAACACCAUAAUGCCCUCCAAGCUCAUCACUAAGCUCAGGACCCUGGUGGUGGGCCUGAUCACCGACGACGAUGAGACAGCCUAUAAGGAGGAGGUCAGUGACCUGGCAGUGUAGUUCCAGGACAACCUUUCCCUCAACAUCAACAAGACAAAGGAGCUGAUCGUGGACUACAGGAAACGGAGGGCCGAGCACGCCCCCAUCCACAUUGACGGAGCUGUAGUGGAGCAGGUCAAGAGCUUCAAGUUCCUUGGUUUCCACAUCACUAAGGAAUUAACAUGAUCCACACACACCAACACAGUCGUGAAGAAGGUACAACAAUGCCUCUACCCCCUCAGGAGGCUGAAAGAUUUGGCAUGGGCCCUCAGAUCCUCAAAAGGUUAUACAGUUGCACCUUUGAGAGCAUCUUGACUGGCUGCAUCACUGCUUGGUAUGGCAACUGCUUGGCAUCAGACCGCAAGGUGAGGGUAGUACGUACGGCCCAGUACAUCACUGGGGCAGAGCUCCCUGCGUCCAGGACCUGUCUACCAGGCGGUGUCAGAGGAAGGCCCUAAAAAUUGUCACAGACUCCAGCCACCCAAAUCAUAGACUGUUCUCUCUGCUACCACACGGCAAGCGGUACCCAUGCACCAAGUCUGGAACCAAUAGGACCAUGAACAGCUUUUGCCAUCUAUCUGCAUUGACCCAACUCUUUUGACUCAUCACAUAAGCUGCUGCUACUGCUUAUUAUCUAUCCUGUUGCCUAUUCACUUUACCCCUACCUACAGUGCCUUCAGAAAGUAUUCAUACCCCUUGACUUAUUCCACAUUUUGUUGUGUUACAGCCUGAAUUCAAAAUUGAUUAAAUAUUUGUUUUAAUUCACCCAUCUACACACAAUACCCCAGAAUGACAAAGUAAAAACAUGUCUGAAAUUUUUUUGCUCAUUUAUUGAAAAUGAAAUACAGAAAGAUCUAAUUUACAUAAGUAUUCACACCCCUGAGUCAAUACUUUGUAGAAGCACCUUUGGCAGCGAUUACAGCUGUGAGUCUUUCUGGGUAAGUCUCUAAGAGCUUUCCAUACCUGGAUUGUGCAACAUGUGCCCAUUAUUAUUUUCAAAAUUCUUCAAUCUCUGUCGUAUUGGUUGUUGAUCAUUGCUAGACAACCAUUUUCAGGUCUUGCCAUAGAUUUUCAGUAGAUUUAAGUCAAAACUGUAACUAGGCCACUCAGGAACAUGCACUGUGUUCUUGGUAUGCAACUCCAGUUUAUAUUUGACAUUGUGUUUUAGGAAAUUGUCCUGCUGAAAGGUGACUGAACCAGGUUUUCCGCUAGGAUUUUGCCUGUGCUUAGCUUAGCUCCAUUUAGUUUAUUUUUAUCCUGAAAAUCUCCCCAGUCCUUAACAAUAACAAGCAUACCCAAAAUACCACUAUGCUUGAAAAUAUGGAGAGUGAUACUCAGUAAUGUGUUGUAUUGGAUUUUUCCAAAACAUAACACUUUGUACUGAGGACAAAAAGUGAAUUGCUUUGCCACAUUUUUUGCAGUAUUACUUUAGUGCCUUGUUACAAACAGGAUGGAUGUUUUAUAAUAUUUUAUUCUGUACAGGCUUCCUUCUUUUCACUCUGUAAAUGAGGUUGGUAUUGUGGAGUAACUACAAUGUUGCUGAUCCAUCUGGAGUUUUCUCAUAUCACAGCCAUUAAACUCUAACUGUUUUAAAGUCAAAUCAAAUCAAAUCAAAUUGUAUUUGUCACAUACACGUGUUUAGCAGAUGUUAUAGCGGGUGUAGCGAAAUGCUUGUGCUUCUAGCUCCGACAGUGCAGAAUAUCUAACAAUUUCACAACAUAUACCCAAUACACACAAAUAAGUAAGGAAUGGGAUUUAAGAAUAUAUAUAUAUAUAUAUAUAUAUAUAUAUAUAUAUAUGGACAGGCAAUGACAGAGCGGCAUGGACUAAGAUACAGUAAUAGUUUGCCCCCGUUAAUGAGUUCGGCAGACCGCACCACCCUCUGGAGAGCCCUGCGGUUGUGGGCGGUGCAGUUGCCGUAUCAGGCGGUGAUACAACCCGACUGGAUGCUCUCAAUUGUGCAUCUGUAAAAGUUUGUGAGGGUUUUAGGUGAUAAGCCAAAUUUCUUCAGCCUUCUGAGGUUGAAGAGGCUCUGUUGCGCCUUCUUCACCACACUGUCUGCAUGGGUGGACCAUUUCAGUUUGCCGGUGAUGUGUACGCCAAGGAACUUGAAACUUUCCAUCUUCUCCACUGCGGUCCCGUCGAUAUGGAUAGGGGGGUGCACCCUUUGCUGUUUCCUGAAGUCCACGAUAAUCUCCUUUGUUUUGUUGAUGUUGAGUGAGAGGUUAUUUUCCUGGCACCACACUCCCAGAGCCCUCACCUCCUCCCAGUAGGCGGUCUCGUCAUUGUUGGUAAUCAAGCCUACAACUGUUGUGUCGUCUGCAAACUUGAUGAUUGAGUUGGAGGCGUGCUUGGCCACGCAGUCAUGGGUGAACAGGGAGUACAGGAGGGGGCUGAGCACACACCCUUGUGGGGCCCCAGUGUUGAGGAUCAGCGAAGUGGAGAUGUUGUUUCCUACCUUCACCACCUGGGGGCAGCCCAUCAGGAAGUCCAGGACCCAGUUGCACAGGGCCUUGAGCUUAAUGAUGAGCUUGGAGGGUACUAUGGUGUUGAAUGUUGAGCUAUAGUCAAUGAACAGCAUUCUUACAUAGGUAUAUGGGGUGCAUUUUCAGUUUUCCACCAAGUAGGGUUGUGUGUUAGUGUGUGUAUGUGUGUGGGGUGCAUUUUAGGUUUUCCACCAAGCAGGGUUGUGUGUUAGUUUCUCUCUCCCUCUCUCGCUCUCUCUCUCUGUCUCUCAGGUAAGGGUCAGUAGUUAGUACAGUACAAUAGGCUGUAUAGCCCCCUAAUGACCUCCAUGUUAGCCUGGCAUUAGAUUCCUGAAGCUGAUUGGACAGAGGGCAGGUCACAGGAGCCUCCAGGGAGUUCCCCCACAUUCUGUGUGUGUGUUUGUGUGUUUGUGUGUGUGUGUGUGUGUGUGUUUAAAACGGCGUGUAUCCACAUCUGGAGUCUGAGCUGUGUUUUCCUUUGGGCCUUUUCCCAUGGUCUGCGUGAUUCUCAUUCCCUGCUCCUUCCCUUGCUUGCCUCCACUCCUCUGCGCUCUCCUCACUUGUGCGUGUGUGCGUGUGUGCGUGUGUGCGUGUGUGUGUGCGUGUGUGCGUGUGUGCGUGUGUGCGUGUGUGCGUGUGUGCGUGUGUGCGUGUGUGCGUGUGUGCGUGCGUGUGUGCGUGUGUGUGUGUCAAGGAAUCUGGGGGUACACCCUGGAGGCUCCUGUGACCUGCCCUGAAAGGAAUGGGUGAAUGCCAACCAGACUAUCAGUUGCUCAUUUGAACUGUACUUGGCAAGUGUACUGCCCUUGUUUCAGGGGAGAGGAGGCAGAGAAGUAAAGAAACAAAGGAAAGAAAGAGCAACAGAAAAAUUGAAAAGUAUGGAGAGAUUGAAUGAAACCAAUAAAAUGAAAUCAAAUCCUUUAGGGUUUUCAGACCAUAAGUGUGUGUUCUGUAUGAGGCCAUAUAUUUUCUACACAGUACAGUUAGUAUUUUCCUCCUAUUCACACACACUCACCUUCACUCAUGCCAUCAAAAAUUGCCCCUAUCGCCACAUUAUGUUUGCCGGGUUCUUCCACUGAUGAGAAGUCAUGUUACACCCAGAGGUUGAGGUUUUAUACCAGCCACUUCCUGUUUACACCACUGCGAGUCCUCUCUUGAGGUGAGCUUAAGCAUGGUUGGCAUGGUAACUAACGACUGCCACAUACAGGAGUGAAUGUGCGAGACCUUCACUUAAGUAGAGAUAGAGAGAACCUGUCAGUGCUCUAUAAGAAGGGAAAUUACCCCUUGUUAUGGCAAUGAGAGAGCCGCAGAGUCUUCUGGGAGUUUGUGGUGAAUGUUGUGCCGCUCCAGUAAGACAGACAUCAGCUCUCGUACUCCGUGGCCGAUGUAAGUCAUUUAAUCGUGUUAAAUCUCUCAAAGCCCUAUCCCACCUGGACAAGAUAAAUACCUAUGUAAGAAUGCUGUUCAUUGACUACAGCUCAGCCUUCAACACCAUAGUGCCCUCCAAGCUCAUCACUAAGCUCAGGGCCCUGGGUCUGAACCCUCCCUGUGCAACUGGGUCCUGGACUUCCUGAGGGGCCGCCCCCAAGUGGUGAAGGUAGGCAACAACACCUCUGCCACGCUAAUCCUCAACAGGGGGGCCCCACAGGGGUGCGUGCUCAGCACCCUCCUGUACUUCCUGUUCACCCAUGACUGCGUGGCCACGCAGUGGUGCCAGGAAAAUAACUUCUCCCUCAACGUCAACCAAACGAAGGAGCUGAUCGUGAAAUACAGGAGAAAGCAGAGAAAGCACGCCCACAUCAACAUUGACGGAGCCGCAGUGGAUUGAUUUUUCCUCAUUUGGACUAAUCUUCCAAGAGUCCUUAAACAUUAAAAUACAAUUUAUAAUACAAUCUCAUGUCCACAUAUAACACACUGUUACAAACAACAGAGAUAAUAUACUGCCAUAUUGACCAGAUAAAUACUCUGACAGUCUGAAAAUAUAGAUUGGUUCCUUCAUCUACCACAGUGAAGAGGGUCAAAAGCUUCAAGUUCCUCGGCGUGCACAUCACUGACGAAUUGAAAUGGUCCCUUCACACAGACAAUGUGGUGAAGAAAUUUGGAGGCUGAAGAAAUUUGUCUUGGCCCCUCACAAAUUUCUACAAAUGCACCUGUCGGGCUGUAUCACCGCCUGGAUGGCAACUGCACCAUCCACAACCGCAGGGCUCUCCAGAGGGUGGUGCGGUCAUCCCAACGCAUCCCCGGGAGCACACUGCCUGCCCUCCAGGACAUCUACAGCCCCUGGUGUCACAGGAAGGCCAAGAAGAUCAUCAAGGACCUCAGCCACCCGAGCCACGGCCUGUUCACCCCGCUACUAUCUAGAAGGCGGAAACAGUACAGAUGCAUCAAAGCUGGGACCGAGAGACUGAAAAACAGCUUCCAUCUGUUAAAUAGUAACCACUAGCCGGCCUCCCUCAGGAUCCUACCCUGAACCUUAAUCACUUUAAUAAUGUUACAUACUGUUUCACCCACUUCAUAUGUACAGUAUAUACUGUAUUCUAGUCAUGGCUCAUCCUAUAUACUGUAACUACUGCAGUACACACCUUUUCUAUUCAUAUACUGUCCAUACUGUAUAUACAUAACAUUAUAUACAGUAUAUACACUACCAGUCAAAACUUUGGAUACACCUACUCAUUCAAGGGUUUUUCUUUGUUGUUACUAUUUUCUACAUUUUAGAAUAAUAGUGAAGACAUAUGGAAUCAUGUAGUAACCAAAAAAGUGUUAAACAAAUCAAAAUAUAUUUUAUUUUUGAGAUUCUUCAAAUAGCCACCCUUUGCCUUGAUGACAGCUUUGCACACUCUUGGCAUUCUCUCAACCAGCUUCACCUGGAAUGCUUUUCCAACAGUCUUGAAGGUGUUCCCACAUAUGCUGAGCACUUGUUGGCUGCUUUUCCUUCACCUGCGGUCUAACUCAUCCCAAACCAUCUCAAUUUGGUCGAGGUCGGGGGAUUGUGGAGGCCAGGUCAUCUGAUGCAGCACUCCAUCACUCUCCUUCGUGGUAAAAUAGCCCUUACACAGCCUGGAUGUGUGUUGGGUCAUUGUCCUGUUGAAAACAAAUGAUAGUCCCACUAAGCCCAAACCAGAUGGGAUGGCGUAUUGCUGCAGAAUGCUGUGGUAAACAUGCUGGUUACGUGUGCCUUGAAUUCUAAAUAAAUCACAGACAGUGUCACCAGCAAAGCACCCCCACACCAUAACACCUCCUCCUCCAUGCUUUACGGUGAGAAAUACACCUUCGGAGAUCAUCCACUCACCCACACACGCGUCUCACAAAGACACGGUGGUUGGAAUCAAAUAUCUCCAAUUUGGACUCAAGACCAAAGGACACAUUUCCACCGGUCUAAUGUCCAUUGCUCAUGUUUCUUGGCCGAAGCAAGUCUCUUCUUCUUAUUGGUGUCCUUUAGUAGUGGUUUCUUUGCAGCAAUUCGACCAUGAAGGCCUGAUUCACGCAGUCUCCUCUGAACAGUUGAUGUUGAGAUGUGUCUGUUACUUGAACUCUGUGAAGCAUUUAUUUGGGCUGCAAUUUCUGAGGCUGGUAACUCUAAUUAACUUAUCCUCUGCAGCAGAGGUAACUCUGGGUCUUCCAUUCCUGUGGCGGUCCUCAUGAGAGCCAGUUUCAUCAGAGCGCUUGAUGGUUUUUGCGACUGCACUUGAAGAAACUUUCAAAGUUCUUGAAAUGUUCUGUGUUGACUGACAUUCAUGUCUUAAAGUAAUGAUGGACUGACGUUUCUCUUUGCUUAUUUGAGCUGUUCUUUUUUUUUUUUUUUUUUUUUCGGGGGGAUGGAUCAGCUUAAUAUUGCAGAUAGAUUGUAUCUUCUAUCAAUGUAAUUGUCUGCAUCACUUCCAAUCCCCCAUGUUUUUUUUAAUUUUUUAUAUAUAUAUUCCCCUUUAUUACUUUUCAACCCCACCAUCCUUUCCCUACUUGGAGUAAAUUAGUGAACAACAACGCCCAGGCCUCUACUUCCGGUCUAUACUUACUAUCUACACCUUAUGGACAGAGUUAAUUUUACAAUAAUUCUAUAUCUAUAUAUAUAUAAAAAUAUAUAUAUUUAUUUAUUUUUUUGCUCCUGAACUUCUUCUACUCUCAACCUCUCCGAUCAUUUUCAUGAUGUCCAUCCGAUUUGCUUCUAAAUGCCAUAUCUUUCUAACUGUGCUCUUUCCCAAAAGCUCCCAACAUACAACCUAUAUACUUAUUAUGGACACAGUAUGCUUACAUUAUUAGCUAUCUUUGUUAUUAUUUGUUGUUAUUUGUUAUUAGUCCCAUCCUUCAACUCUAUUCAAUACCUCCCAUCUAUCUCUUAACACCAUCCAUAUAGGAUUUCUAUUUGCCAUAUAUAUUUCAACCGUACUGUGAUGUUUUACAAAAGUUCUGAACCUUUCUAUUCUCAUUGCUUCUACAGAUUGUGAAUUAAAAAUAAACAUUUUUGCUAAAAGUAUUAUUAUAUUAUUGAUUGAUUGACUAUGACUUUUCAGAUCACCCAGUAAUGCUAUCUGCAAGGUUAGUUCCAGGUAAAUAUUGCAAUCCUUUAGCCAUUCCUGGACCUGUGUCCAAAAACAAGCUACAAAUGGACAGAACCAAAACAAAUGAUCUAAUGAUUCUAUCUCUUCACAGCAAAAUCUGCAGAGCUGGGAAGAUUGUAUCCCCCAUAUAAAUAACAUUCUAUUGGUAGCAAGAAUUUUAUAUAAUAAUUUAAAUUGAAAGAUUCUAAUUUUUGAAUCCGGUGUCGUUUUGCGUGUCAGUUCAUAAACACUAUGCCAUGGGAUCGGUACGUCAAAGAUCUCUUCCCAACUAUUUUGCAAUCUAUAUGGGACUGCUGUCAAUCCGUUGGUCCUUAAGUGAAACUGAUAUACUUUUUUAUUUAUCACAGUUUUCCUUAACCAAUUAUGUUCUUUAAUGCAAGGCCGACAGACAAGUUCCUUACUUUCUCCCCCUUCAACUUUCCUCUUCCACUUUUGCGGUAAGGCUGCAAUUAUUUGGUUGUAAUUUUGGGUAGAGCAGACAUUUCCAUAUGUUUUUGUUAGCUGCAUGUGCGACAUAACUCCACCAGUCCUACCGAUGAUAUCAUUUACGAAGAUUAUACCUUUUUUAAACAUUCUGUCUAAAAAUAAAGGUUUUUUGUCAAUUAGUAUAUUUGAAUUUAACCACAAUAUUUGUUGCAUUAUUUGUUCUGUCGUUUCUGGAGGAUUAAAUUGAAAUUGCAACCAACUUUCUAUGGCUUGUUUUAGAAAUAGUGACAUUUGGGAGAUUAUUUCCUUUUCAAAUAACUGAAAGUGAGAGGUUGUAAUCUGAAUAAAGGGAAAAAGGCCUUUCUUGAACAGUGGGUGAGACAAUCUUACUAAUUUGCUUGAGAACCAGUUCGGAUUUAAGUAUAACUUUUGGAUGACUGAAGAUUUUAGUGAUAGGUCUAAUGCUUUAAUAUUUAAUAAUUUCUGUCCUCCGAAUUCAUAUUCAUUAUAUAAAUAUGCUCUUUUAAUUUUGUCUGGCUUGCCGUUCCAAAUAAAAUUGAAUAUUUUUUUCUCAUAUAAUUUAAAAAACUGUUUGCUAGGCGUAGGCAAGACCAUAAGCAAAUAGGUAAACUGGGAUAAUACUAAAGAGUUAAUCAGGGUGAUUUUUCCACAAAUUGACAGGUAUUUUCCUUUCCAUGGUAGUAAGAUCUUAUCUAUUUUUGCUAACUUUCUAUUAAAAUGUAUUGAUGUGAGAUCUUUUAUUUCCUUUGGGAUAUGUAUUCCGAGUAUAUCCACAUCACCAUCAGACCAUUUUAUUGGUAAACUACAUGGUAAUGUAAAAAUGUUAUUUUUUAGUGAUCCAAUACGUAAUAUAGUACAUUUGUCAUAAUUUGGUUUUAAUCCAGAGAGGUUAGAAAAUGUAUCUAGAUCCUCUAUGAGGCUGUGGAGGGAUUCUAGUUGUGGAUCUAAAAGAAAACAUGAAUCAUCUGCGUACAAUGACACCUUUGUUUUUAAGCCCUGUAUUUCUAAUCCUCUGAUAUUAUUAUUGGAUCUGAUUUUAAUAGCUAACAUCUCGAUGGCCACAAUAAAUAGAUAUGCCGAUAGUGGACAACCUUGUUUCACUCCUCUUGACAGUUUGAAACUUUCUGAGAAAUAGCCAUUAUUUACUAUUUUACACCUAGGGUUACUAUACAUGAUUUUGACCCAUUUUAUAAGAGAUUCUCCAAAAUUGAAAUGCUCCAGGCAUUUAUAUAUAAAUUCCAGUCGAACUUUAUCAAAUGCCUUUUCGAAGUCUGCUAUGAAUAGCAGGCCUGGUUUCCCAUAUUUUCCAUAGUGUUCUAUUGUUUCCAAUACUUGCCUUAUAUUAUCUUCAAUGUAUCUUCCAUGUAAAAAACCUGUCUGAUUAGAAUGAAUAAUAUCCGACAAUACCUUUUUAAUUCUAUGCGCUAUACAUUUUGCUAGGAUUUUUGCAUCACAACACUGAAGUGUAAGGGGCCUCCAAUUUUGUAAAUGGACUGGAUCUUUAUAUUUUCCACUUGUAUCCUGUUUCAGUAAUAAUGAGAUCAGACCUUCUUCUUGAGUGUCAGAUAAUCUACCAUUUACAUAGGAGUGGUUAAAACAUGCUAAUAACGGUCCUCUUAGUAUAUCAAAAAAGGUUUGGUAUACCUCGAUUGGUAUGCCAUCCAACCCUGGAGUUUUCCCGGACUUAAAGUCUUUAAUUGCAUCCAGAAGUUCCUCCUCUGUAAUUUCACCUUCACAUGAGUAUUUCUAUUUGAGCUGUUCUUGCCAUAAUAUGGAUUUGUUAUUUUACCAAAUAGGGCUAUCUUCUGUAUAACCCCCCUACCUUGUCACAACACAACUGAUUGGCUCAAACGCAUUAAGAAGGAAAUCAAUUCCACAAAUUAACUUUUAGAUAGGCACACCUGUUAAUUGAAAUGCAUUCCAGGUGACUACGUCAUGAAGCUGGUUGAGAGAAUGCCAAGAGUGUGCAAAGCUGUCAUCAAGGCAAAGGGUGGCUACUUGAAGAAUCUCAAAUAUAAAAUACAUUUUGAUUUGUUUAACACUUUCGGUUACUACAUGAUUAUAUAUGUGUUAUUUCAUAGUUUUGAAGUCUUCACUAUGAUUCUACAAUGUAGAAAAUAGUAAAAAUAAAGAAAAACCCUUGAAUGAGUAGGUGUUCUAAAACUUUUGACCGGUAGUGUAUAUAUAUAUAUUUUUUGUUCCGGACUCUGACAUUGCUCUUUCUGAUAUUCUUUAUUUUUGUUUUUGUGAUUUUUUUGUGUAUUGUUUUGUACUGCUAGGUAUUACUGCACUGUUGGAGCUAGAAACACAAGUAUUUCACUGCACCUUUGAUAACAUCUGCAAAUCUGUGUACGCGACCAAUAAACUUUGAUUUGAUUUGAGCUCGUGUUCACAUGUGCGCUUUUAUUUGUGUGUGUGUGCGUUUGCUGGUUGUAUUGUUGUGGUUUCUGAGGGGUUGUGAGUGAUAUUGUCUCUUUCAUGUGGUUUUGUCGGUGAAACUGACAGUAUCAUGAUGGAGAGUAUUAUAGGAGCAUGCUGAAUCUCACCCCACCUGGCACAGUGUCUUUACUAAUUUCUGUGUGAAACCACUGAUUCUAUUCCAAACUCCGGCCUCUCUGAGAAUCGCGCAACAUUGCCACCUUGUGUCUAUGACAUGUAAUUACAGUAUUUUCUCCAGGUUCUGUCCUUAUCGCUGACAGUGUCCUUACCUGCGAGUUUUAAAUGCCAAAGCUGUGUGUGUAUGUUUUCAAUACUAACAAUGUGUGUUUUCUCUUUCCUCAGGAGGUGCAGACUAAAAGUAAGGUUUGUGCCAAUGUGUUCUGUGGCGCAGGAAGAGAGUGUGCCGUCACUGAGAAGGGAGAGCCCAGCUGCUUGUGUAUAGAGGUGAGUCACGUCAAAUCAUGGUCAUAUGCACAGGAUACUGUGUAAACGGUUCUAUGAAAUGCUUACUAGAAAGCUUCCUUACCAUGCAACGUUAACAAUAAAUACAAGACUAGAGCAAUAGUACGUAAAUGCACAAAAUACAAGUCAAUACAAAUACUAUUUCAAUUAAAUGUUGUAUAAAAUAACAGAAUGUGAUAUAUUGAAGAGAAAUACAGAACAUACGGAAUGUACUAUGAAUAUACUUGUUAGUUAGCUUGUGCGUGCGUGUGUGUGUGUGUGUGUGUGUGUGUGUGUGUGUGUGUGUGUGUGUGUGUGUGUGUGUGUGUGCCUAUGCAUGAGUGUGACUGUGUGUGCGUGCAUAACAAAGUUUAUCAGCAUGUGAGAGUGUUGUUUGUCCAGGUAUGCCAAUUUUGGCUUGAUCUUUUUAUUCAGGGUCAUUUAUAUAUAUAUAUAUAUAUAUAUAUAUUUAUUUUUUUCCCACCUUUUUUUAACCAGGUAAGCCAGUUGAGAACAAGUUCUCAUUUACAACUGCAACCUGGCCAAGAUAAAGCAAAGCAGUGCGAUAAAAAACAACAAUAACACAGAGUUACAUAAGAAAUGGCUGAUAUUUUUUUUCAGGGUCAUUAAGAAAUGGCUGAUCUUUCUAUUCAGGGUCAUUUAGAAAUGCCUGAUAAUGUCAGUGUCACCUUUUAAAGAUGCACUAUGCAGAUAUUGCUCCUCCAUUUCCUGGUUGCUAAAAUUCAAAUAGUUCACCUAAUUUCAGUUUAUGUGAUAAAACAAGCAAGUAUUGUGUAGAGAAUCAUUGUACCAUCUAAACCGCUGUGAAAUAUAUUUUCCAUAACCAAAAUUAUUGUAUUUUCAGCUGUUUGAAGCUGGUGUACAAAACCGAAAGUAAAAGACGCAAAAAUGACACUUAAGAAUGGGAAGUAUAGAAAUAGUGCACAUAGAACAGAUCUACUGCUUCUUAGACUUGCUUUCAAUAAGAAUGACAGAUCACAACUCUCAUUUCUAUGUGAAUUUGGUCGGGUCGCCCAAAAAGUUACAUAUUGCAGCUUUAAGAUAAUUAAGGAUAGGGUGUCAUUGUAUCCUUUAAGAGUGUCAAAGUCAAGUGUAUAUUUACAUAGCUAUAACUUUCCUCUCUCUCUCUCUCUCUCUCUCUCAUCUCUCUAUCUCUCGCUCUACGAGAGAGAGACGAAGCGAGAGACUAUAUAAGAGGGCGAAAGAGAGAGCGCGAAGCGAGAGCGACGAGGAGAGAGCAAGUGGGGCGGAGCUCGGCAAGAGCUAUGGAGCCGGGAGCCAGAGAGAGGGCUCGUCGGAGGCGCACAACCCUCAGGGAUGGCGAGGAGGAGCGAGCCAGGCGGAACACAAACCAAACCAACAAAAGGAGCGAGGCGAGGAGCGAGAGCGAGAGAGAGAAGCAGGAGGCAGAGAGAGCGAGAGAGAGAGAGAGAAGAGGGAGGGAGAGCAGAGAGAAAAAACGAGAGAGAGAACGAGACGACGCUGCAGUCGCGAGAGCGCAGUCAGGUGAGCACACAACAGGAUAUUCAGGAACGUAGACCCGCCGUCACCCGAGAGAGCCAAGCCACCCACCUACUCGCCGUCUCUAUCUCUACUCUCUUCUCUCUAUCUCUCUCUCUCGCAUCUCUCUCUCUCUACCCUUCUCUCUCUCUAGAGCUGUAAGCCCACAAGCGUUUAGUGUGCUGGCAGCUAGUACGGUAAGACAUACCGCAACCACUGUGAGCUCACACGAGACGCAUGUCUCACUGGCCUCAAGAUCCAUGGUGGCCCACGAUGGACACUGCCAGGGUGGGGGAAAAACACACACACACAAAUUUCUUGUUAACUUGUGUGGUAUAGCACAUUACUGACCUCUAUUGCUAUCUGAUGCCUAUAUGCUCAGGGGUAUAAUCUCUGGUUGUCAUGACACAGUCAGUGAUACGUGUGAGCUGACAGGUCAGCUGUUGCCCAUAUAAGGCUAUCCUAUCAUCAUCCGACAUACAGGUGACAUAUAUGGUCCCAGACUCAUCUUCGAUUUAGCAAGUGUUGAACUUUGAACCUAUACACCCAAUGACCUCUUCUUGUCUGUCUGUUGGCCUGGAAUUGAUCAGGUGUUGAUGAUAAUCAGUUACUCGUCUGUUGUUGUAGGAGUGUCACAGAGAGGCCAUCAUGUCAUGGUGUCCAUGGGCAUUAAUGGUUAUUAUGGCAAUGUGACAAUGACAUGGUGAAAAACACUAGAUGGGGAAAAAAACACUAGAUACUGUAAAACAAUGAAUUAAAGCUGUUCUCUUUCUCUCACUCUCCCUUUCUAUCUCUGUGAUACUCUCUCUUCUUUUUUUAUAUCUCUCUAUAUGUCGAGGAGAGGAGGGGGGAGAGAUGGGAGAGAGAGGCGCUGCGGGGAGCGAGAGGGAGAGAGAGCGAGCGAAAGCGAGAGCGCGAGGAGAGAGAGAGAGAGAGAGUGAGAGGGGAGAGGAGGUGGCAGAGAGAGGGGAGAGAGAGAGAGAGAGGAAGAGAGAGAGAGAGAGGAGAGAGAGAGAGAGCAGAGAGAGAGAGAGAGAGCAGAGAGGAGGAGACGGAGAGAUAGAGAUAUAGAGAUGGAAUAGAUAUAAUAGAUAGUAGAAGAUACAAGAGAUUUGGACGGUAUGAGAUGCAAGAUAGAGAAGAAAGAAAGACAAGAGCAUGGUGCAGACGGAAAGCAAAGGUGCAGGGAGGGUGAAACAAGUAGAGUUAGAAGGAGAUAUGUGGGUGGGGCUGAGACAAUCGAGUCGUGUAUCUCUCAGCUUUAUUUAAUAUAGUCCUAUGGGGAUGUUAGAUAGACCAAUGAGUAAUCAAUAGAUACUGCAUAAGAGCCUAUGUAAGUGAUAUAGUAGCGAGGACGGGAACUAGGAGUGGACCCAACGACAUUCAGUAACUGAGAGGGACGUGUGAAGGGUGGUUGGUUGGGCGUCAGGACUGUUCAUUUGGGCACAUAAUGAGCUGGGAGGAACUGGUGUGCUCUGGACAGAACAGAACCAGGGAUUGUGUUGCAUGCCCUUUUGGGGAGAAGGAGAGAGUAGAGAGCGGAAGAAGGGAUGCACGGGAGGAGGAGGACAGGGGAGAGGGGGGGGGGGAAAAGACAGCACGGGGGCAAAGGAGUCGAGCGGGCGAGAAGGCCGGGGCCACGAGACGCGCGGCGCGCGAGUAGCGCGAGCUGGCGAGCGAAGACAAGCAACAAGACCACCACCAAACCACCAAGACAAAAAAAAAGCAAAAAAAAAGAAAAAAAAAAAAAAAAACAAAGGAAAACAAACAAUAAAAGAAAAAAAAAAAAAACCAAAAACAAGAAAAAAUGAAAAAUCACAAAAAAAACAACAAAACCCCCCCCCACCCCACCCACCCCCAACCCCCCCCCCCCCAUACCAGACACCCACCCCCCACCCCCCCCCCCCCCCUCUCUCUUUCUAUAUCUCUCUCACCCCCUCUCACUCCCCCUCUUUCCUUCUCUCUCUCUCUCAAUUCAAUUCAAUUUCAAUUCAAUUUAAGGGCUUUAUUGGCAUGGGAAAACGUAUGUUAACAUUGCCAAAGCAAGUGAAGUAGAUAGUAAACAAAAGUGAAAUAAACAAUAAAUAUUAACAGUAAACAUUACACUCAGAAGUUCCAAAAGAAUAAAGACAUUUCAAAUGUCAUAUUAUGUAUAUAUACAGUGUUGUAACAAUAUGCAAAUAGUUAAAGUACAAAUGGGAAAAUAAAUAAACAUAAAUAUGGGUUGUAUUUACAAUGGUGUUUGUUCUUCACUGGUUGCCCUUUUCUUGUGGCAACAGGUCACAAAUCUUGCAGCUGUGAUGGCACACUGUGGUUUUUCACCCAGUAGAUAAGGGAGUUUAUCAAAAUUGGGUUUGUUUUCAAAUUCUUUGUGGAUCUCUGUAAUCUGAGGGAAAUAUGUGUCUCUAAUAUGGUCAUACAUUUGGCAGGAGGUUAGGAUGUGCAGCUCAGUUUCCACCUCAUUUUGUGGGCAGUGUGCACAUAGCCUGUCUUCUCUUGAGAGCCAGGUCUGCCUACGGCGGCCUUUCUCAAUAGCAAGGCUAUGCUCACUGAGUCUGUACAUAGUCAAAGCUUUCCUUAAGUUUGGGUCAGUCACAGUGGUCAGGUAUUCUGCCACUGUGUACUCUCUGUUUAGAGCCAAAUAGCAUUCUAGUUUGCUCUGUUUUUUUGUUAAUUCUUUCCAAUGUGUCAAGUAAAUCUCUUUUAGGUCUUUCAUGAUUUGGUUGGGUCUAAUUGUGUUGUUGUUGUUGUCCUGGGGCUCCUCUCUCUCUCUCUUGCUCUCUCUCUCUCUGUCUCUCUCUCUCUCUCUCUCUAGUGGUGUGUUAUGUAGCAGACCGUAAUGAGUUGAGGCAUCAUGUGAUCCAGUGGCUGCAGACUGAGGUGGUCCCAGACGGCUGGUUUGUCAAAGGCUCCAACUUCACUGAAAUCUUGUUGAAAUACUUCAAGGUGUGUGUGUGCGUGUGUGUGUGUGUGUGUGUGUGUGUGUGUGUGUGUGUGUGUGUGUGUCAAACAAGCGUUUCAGUUGCGAUAUCUGUUCUAUGAAGUCCGAAACUAUGAACUUGAGACAUGUUUUGUGUACACGACUUCCUACAGUGAGGGAAAAAAGUAUUUGAUCACCUGCUGAUUUUGUACGUUUGCCCACUGACAAAGAAAUGAUCAGUCUAUAAUUUUAAUGGUAGGUUUAUUUGAACAGUGAGAGACAGAAUAACAACAAAAAAAUCCAGAAAAACGCAUGUCAAAAAUGUUAUAAAUUGAUUUGCAUUUUAAUGAGGGAAAUAAGUAUUUGACCCCCACUCAAUCAGAAAGAUUUCUGGCUCCCAGGUGUCUUUUAUACAGGUAACGAGCUGAGAUUAGGAGCACACUCUUAAAGGGAGUGCUUCUAAUCUCAGCUUGUUACCUGUAUAAAAGACACCUGUCCACAGAAGCAAUCAAUCAAUCAGAUUCCAAACUCUCCACCAUGGCCAAGACCAAAGAGCUCUCCAAGGAUGUCAGGGACAAGAUUGUAGACCUACACAAGGCUGGAAUGGGCUACAAGACCAUCGCCAAGCAGUUUGGUGAGAAGGUGACAACAGUUGGUGCGAUUAUUCGCAAAUAGAAGAAACACAAAAGAACUGUCAAUCUCCCUUGGCCUGGGGCUCCAUGCAAGAUCUCACCUCGUGGAGUUGCAAUGAUCAUGAGAACGGUGAGGAAUCAGCCCAGAACUACACGGGAGGAUCUUGUCAAUGAUCUCAAGGCAGCUGGGACCAUAGUCACCAAGAAAACAAUUGGUAACACACUACGCCGUGAAGGACUGAAAUCCUGCAGCGCCCGCAAGGUCCCCCUGCUCAAGAAAGCACAUAUACAUGCCCGUCUGAAGUUUGCCAAUGAACAUCUGAAUGAUUCAGAGGAGAACUGGGUGAAAGUGUUGUGGUCAGAUGAGACCAAAAUGGAGCUCUUUGGCAUCAACUCAAUUCGCCGUGUUUGGAUGAGGAGGAAUGCUGCCUAUGACCCCAAGAACACCAUCCCCACGUCAAACAUGGAGGUGGAAACAUUAUGCUUUGGGGAUGUUUUUCUGCUAAGGGGACAGGACAACUUCACCGCAUCAAAGGGACGAUGGACAGGGCCAUGUAUCGGCAAAUCUUGGGUGAGAACCUCCUUCCCUCAGCCAGGGCAUUGAAAAUGGGUCGUGGAUGGGUAUUCCAGCAUAAUAAUGACCCAAAACACACGGCCAAGGCAACAAAGGACUGGCUCAAGAAGAAGCCCAUUAAGGUCAUGGAGUGGCCUAGCCAGUCUCCAGACCUUAAUCCCAUAGAAAAUCUGUGGAGGGAGCUGAAUGUUCGAGUUGCCAAACAUUAGCCUCGAAACCUUAAUGACUUGGAAAAGAUCUGCAAAGAGGAGUGGGACAAAAUCCCUCCUGAGAUGUGUGCAAACCUGGUGGCCAACUACAAGAAACGUCUGACCUCUGUGAUUGCCAACAAGGGUUUUGCCACCAAGUACUAAGUCAUGUUUUGCAGAGGGGUCAAAUACUUAUUUCCCUCAUUAAAAUGCAAAUCAAUUUAUAACAUUUUUGACAUGCGUUUUUCUGGAUUUUUUCUCACUGUUCAAAUAAACCUACCAUUAAAAUUUUAGACUGAUCAUUUCUUUGUCAGUGGGCAAACGUACAAAAUCAGCAGGGGAUCAAAUACUUUUUUCCCUCACUGUAUGUUUUGGACCAUAAGGAAAAUGAAUUAGUCACACUGAUUAAAGCUGUUUUUACCCUCCACAUAGCACAUAGCAUUUGUCAUAAGCUGUUACAACUAGGAGAGGUGACUGGAAACUAUUGGGUUUUCACAGGAAGGACACCCCCUAACCUUCAGCCCCUCUCUCACACUGGCCAGCCUAUGGUCUCCUGUACCCCCCACCCCCCUCCACCCCCCAUUACUAAUCACAUACCCCCCAUCUUUAUUCCCUUACACUCUCAGACUGGUACUGUAACCUUUAUCCCUCCAUCCAUCCCUCCCUCCAUCUCUCCAUCCACCCUCUCUUCCUUUCCACCCUAAAUCAUCAAAGCUACCUCAAACCCUGCCUGAUCAUUUAUGUGACAGCCGUCUCAUGCAUGUCAGUGGACGGCCGUAACUCUCCUUAAUGACCGUCCCCCUCCUGCGGUGAAGGACCCCUGGCCCUGCCACUCUCCCAUUGGCUCAGAGAUGGCCUUAAAGGGGAAUUGCAGUCGAUGUUCAGAAACGUUUAAUUUAUCUCCACUUGUUACUGUUUCUUCUACACACAUGGAAACAUGAGAAAGAUUAAUGUGAUAUCAAAAUACCAUUGUUCUCCUGUCUCCUCUAUGUGCCUCAUGUGUCUGAGAGUUCCAUUAACUCUCCACAGAGACAGAGCAUAGUGAUAUAAUGGAGCCUUUAGUAUACAGUGCCUUCGGAAAGUAUUCAGACCCGUUGACAUUCUCCACAUUUUGUUACGUUACAGCCUUAUUCUAAAAUGGAUUAAAUAAAUACAAAUCCUCAGCAAUCUACACACAAUACCCCAUCAUGACAAAGCGAAAACAGCUUUUUUGAAAUUUUUGCAAAUGUAUUAAAAUAAAAUAAAACAGAAAUACCUUAUUUACAUAAGCAUUCAAACCCUUUGCUAUGAGACUCGAAAUUGAGCUCAGGUGCAUCCUGUUUCCAUUGAUCAUCCUUGAGACGUUUCUACUACUUGAAUGGAGUCCACCUGUAUUAAAUUAAAUUGAUUGGACAUGAUUUGGAAAGGCACACACCUGUCUAUAUAAGGUCCCACAGUUGACAGUGCAUGUCAGAGCAAAAACCAAGCCAUGAGGUCGAAGGAAUUGUCCGUAGAGCUCCGAGACAGGAUUGUGUUGAGGCACAGAUCUGGGGAAGGGUACCAACACAGUUCUGCAGCAUUGAAGGUCCCCAAGAACACAGUGGCCUCCAUCAUUCUUAAAUGGAAGAAGUUUGGAACCACCAAGACUCUUCCUAGAGCUGGCCGCCCGGCCAAACUGAGCAAUCGGGGGAGAAGGGCCUUGGUCAGGGAGGUGACCAAGAACCCAAUGGUCACUCUGACAGCGCUCUAGAGUUCCUCUGUGGAGAUGGGAUAAACUUCCAGAAGGACAACCAUCUCUGCAGAACUCCACCAAUCAGGCCUUUAUGGUAGAUUGGCCAGACAGAAGAGUUUGCCAAAAGGCAUCUUAAGACUCUCAGAUCAUGAGAAACAAGAUUCUCUGGUCUGAUGAAACCAUGAUUGAACUCUUUGGCCUGAAUGCCAAGUGUCACAUCUGGAGGAUACCUGGCACUAUCCCUAUGGUGAAGCAUGGUGGUGGUAGCAUAAUUUUUCAGUGGCAGGGACUGGGGGAUUAGUCAGGAUGAACAGAGCAAAGUACAGAGAGAUCCUUGAUGAAAACCUGCUCCAGAGCGCUCAGGACCUCAGACUGGGGCAAAGGUUCACCUUCCAACAGGACAACGCCCCUAAGCACACAGCCAAGGCAACGCAGGAGUGGCUUCGGGAAAAGUCUCUGAAUGUCCUUGAGUGGCCCAGCCAGAGCCCGGACUUGAACCCGAUCAAACAUCCCUGGAGAGACUUGCAAAUAAUCUCCACUGGUUACUGUGCAGCAACGAUCCCCAUCCAACCUGACAAAGCUUGAAAGGAUCUGCAGAGAAGAAUGGGAGAAACACCGCAAAUACGGGUGUGCCAAGCUUGUAGCGUCAUACCCAAGAAUACUCAAUGCUGUAAUCACUGUCAAAGGUGCUUCAACAAAGUACUGAGUAAAUGGUCUGAAUACUUAUGUAAUUGGUAUAUUUCAGUUUUUUAUUUGUAAUACAUUUGCAAAGAUUUCUCAAAACCUGUUUUUGCUUUGCCAUUAUGGGGUAUUGUGUGUAGAUUGAUAAGAAAAAAACAUGUUUUAAUCAAUUUUAUAAUAAGGCUGUAACGUAACAUAAUGUGGAAACAGUCUAGGGGUCUGAAUACUUUCCGAAGGCACUGUAGUCCCACACACCACUACAUCUACCCACUAAAGAUAUAAUGGAGUCUUAAAGUAUCCCUCCACCCAAAUAUAGCGGUCCACACUCUGUGACCCCCGUGGAGGCAACAGGUCCCAGCAUCCAAACCCCUCAAUCCCCUUAUCUGACAGGGCCACAGCCACUCUGUCACUCUCUUACUCUCUCUCCUUCUCUCUCUCUCUCUCUUUCUCUCUCUCUCUCUCUCUCUCUCUCUGGAGACUGUCUCACUUCCUCUCCCUACACAAUAUGUCUGUCAAUUUCUCUAUAGAAUAUAACUCUAUAGCUGUUAAAGAUUUCCAUUUGUCCCUUCAAUAAGCUUUAAUUGGAGGAGGGCUCUACACUGUAAUGGAAAACUGUAAUUUAUUCAGUAAUUCUGGGUAUUAUCAACUGUAAAAUACUACGAAUGCAUUAUACUGUAGCAUACUGUAAAUGAUUGUGCAUUGUGGGAAAAUGUUGUGGGCGGUGAAAUAAUUGCUUUUUUACAGUGCAAUACAGUCAAUUCGACGGUAUUGAACUAUGUCAUUACACAGUACUUUGCUACUGUAUUGAGAUUACAGUAGGUGUAUUGCACUCUGAAAUACAGUAACUUACUUACCAAUAGCUGCCUGUAAGUUACUGUCAAAUUCACUGCAACCCCUUUACAAUGUAGGGUUGUCAGGCGACCGAUGACCACUGGUGAUGUCAUGACUUCCUCCGAAGCUGCCUCCUCUCCUUGUUCGGGCAGGCUUUGGUGUUCGUCAUCACCAGCCUUCUAGCCACUGCCGCUCCUCAUCUCAUCAUUCCAUUUGUUUUGUCUUGUUUAUUACACACACCUGGUUCAUAUCCCCUCAUCAGUACCUGUAUAAGUGUUCCCUCUGCCCCCUUGUCUUUGUGUGUGAUUGUUUAUUGUGGAGGUUAGAUUAGCUCGGUGGAGCUCCUUGUAUUUUAUAUCGCCGGGAUAUUUCCCUGUGUGCCUUGUUUUUUUCCCAGUGCGCCUGAUUUACACACUGGAGUGUUUGACGCAUUGCUACAGUACGUACCGCUGUGUUUUCGGAAAUAAACCCUUUUAUUCUGUGAUUUACCCUCCUGCGCCUGACUCCUUCAAAAUCACUCACCACAGGUGAUGACUGCCACAGACAGUCUCAAAGUGCAAAGUUCACUCUGGAUUAGCAGUCUUGGAAGCAGGGUUUUUAUCAGGUAGAGGGAGAUAUUUAGAAAAUGAUUGAGAGAGGAACUGAUAUGACCAGAAGAAAAGUGAGAGUGGGGGGAGUGGAGAUUGGGUUAUGCUUGGAGGCUAAAAUAUAUUUGAUUAGGUUUUCUGGUUAUUAUUCACUUGUAUGAUUUUAUAUUAGCCUACAGAGGCCCAUGACACUCUUCUAUUCUCUACUUCUACUAACUCUGCUCGUUUCUGUCUGUGUGUGUGUGUGUGUGUGUGUGUGUGUGUGUGUGUGUGUGUGUGUGUGUGUGUACAGAACUACGACAAUGGUGACUCCCAGAUGGACUCCUCAGAGCUCCUUAAGUUCAUCCAACAUAAUGACUCCAACGUGGGCAUGCAGUCAUACUCAGACCAGGAGAACAACAGGCUGCUCAGGUCAGUGUGUGUGUGCUUGUGUGCAUGCUAUUUCAUCUUUAUUUGUAUAUACAGUACCAGUCAAAAGUUUGGACACACCUACUCAUUUAAGGGUUUUUUCUUUAUUUUUUACUAUUUUCUACAUUGUAGAAUAAUAGUGAAGACAUCAAAACUAUGAAAUACCACAUAUGGAAUCAUGUAGUAACCAAAAAAGUGUUAAACAAAUCAAAAUAUAUUUUAGAUUCUUCAAAGUAGCCACCCUUUACCUUGAUGACAGCUUUGAACAUUCUAGGCAUGAUCUCAACCAGCUUCACCUGGAAUGCUUUUCCAACAGUCUUGAAGGAGUUCCCACAUAUGCUGAGCACUUGUUGGCUGCUUUUCCUUCACUUUGCGGUCCAAUUCAUCCCAAACCAUCUCAAUUGGGUUGAGAUCGGAUGAUUGUGGAGGCCAGGUCAUCUGAUGCAGCACUCCAUCACUCUCCUUCUUGGUCAAAUAUUCCUUAUAGAGCCUGGAGGUGUUGGGUCAUUGUCCUGUUGAAAAACAAAUGAUAGUCCCAUUAAGCGCAAACCGGAUGGGAUGGCGUAUCGCUGCAGAAUGCUGUGGUAGCCAUGCUGGUUAAGUGUUCAUUGAAUUUUAAAUAAAUCACUGACAGUGUCACCAGCAAAGCACCCCCACACCAUCACACCUCCUCCUCCAAGCUUCACGGUGGAAACCACACAUGCAGAGAUCAUCCGUUCACCUACUCUGCGUCUCACAAAGACACAGCGGUUGGAACCAAGAAUCUCAAAUUUGGACUCAUCAGACCAAAGGACACAUUUCCACCGGUCUAAUGUCCAUUGCUCGUGUAAGCGUAACAAAAUGUGGAAAAAGUCAAGGGGUCUGAAUACUUUCCGAAUGCACUGUACUUAGCUAUGAGUACAGGCAGUGAAUGUGAACCUGUGUGUGUGUUUCUCUCUGCUCUUCCCAGGAGCCUGUGUGUGGAUGCCCUGAUAGAGCUGUCCGAUGAGAAUACUGACUGGAAGCUGAGCUUCGAUGAGUUCCUCAACUGCCUGAAGCCCGGCUUCAACCCACCUGAGAAGAGUGAGCUCACAGACACAUGACCCUUGACCCAAUUACUAUGAUGACAACACUGCACACCACUGCUGACAUCACACAUCCUUUUUUUCUCAGUUCAUUACACAAAUACCUCUAUAUCAACCUCUUAGACACAUGCAGUAAACAUGCAGUAUUUGUUUACAGUGCAUGGGAUGUACAUAUGGUAAUCAAAGUAGCUAACUUAUUCACCACACCCGCAGGCAAAUCCAUUGUAACUCACCCUAAAAUACUUACAAUUCAAUGCAGCAAAAACAGCUCAAUGUGAUUUAUUUACAGACAACUGUAUUUUUUCUUGGUCUUUUGUCCUGUACUGAGUUGAUCAGAAGUUGUGCAUUAAUGAUGUAGGGGAAAGUUCAGUGUGAUAGGAAGAGCGGUUCUGGGAGAGAGCCCUAUGACUUCACUCACAGCUGCAGCAGGCAGCAGCACACAUUCCAGUCCAGAACACAGAGCCUACCCUGGGGCCUCACCAGAGCCAAGGAUACAGAUAGUAGAAUGCUUUAACAUACUGUACACACACUCUCACUCUCUAUCGCUCCAGUGCUCUCUCUCUGCUGCGGACUACAGCACUACUUAACUGCGUUAAAUGUUUUAUUUAGACAGCUAGAACAAACCGAUUCAAGUAAAACAGAGGAUAUGUAAUUAUUUCUGGUCACUUGAACAGACUUUAGUGUUACAUCCGGUGUGUAUGAGAGGCACUAUAACUGCUGUACCCAAUGUAUUUUUCAUCUAAAUUCUAUGUGUCCCCCUCGUCUGCAGAGUGUGCACUGGAGGAUGAGACCUAUGAGGAUGGGGCUGAGACACAGGUGGAGUGUAACCGCUGUGUGUGUGCCUGCGGCAACUGGGUCUGCACAGCCAUGACCUGCACUGGUGAGGAGAGGCACACCAGCACACCUGUAUAGACACACUGAUUCAUCUACAAGUCAUCCGAACCACAUACCGGACUUACAGAUAAGGACUCAACACCUGUCUUUCUCUCUCUCCAAUUGAUCCUGUAAUUCUUUCAUCCUUUGCAUCUCUUUCUUAGACAAGACAGCGGUCGUCGAGGAGACCGGGGAGGCAGGGCAGGAGAUGACCGAGGAGGAAUGGAGUCUCCGUGUGGCCGAGCUUAACAAGCACCAGGUCAGCCUGUCGCCAGGGGCAACGGGGGUGGGGCGGGGGCAAAGUUCAAGGGACAUACCGGGCCACUCUACAAUCUCCCCAGACAUAUGGGGUAGCUCUGGAAUUUGUCUAUAAAGAGUUGGGCGAGUUGUGCUUUAUUGAUGACUAACCUUGUGCAGACCGUGUGACUCGUUUGUGUGUGUGUGUGUGUGUCUGUAUUGCUUUAGUUAAACUCAUGAGGGAGCAGUUCUGGCUCUCAGCAAUAGCAGAGUCAGCGAGUUCAUGUACUCUGUCCUCAAACAGAAUAUCUUCCAACAUCCAACAACAACAUCCAGCCCUGUGGGCUGAAUUUAUUAAUACUAAAAUGAAAGCCAAUAUUGAAGUUAAGAACUGGUAGAGAUCCCUACACAAGAGGAACUAAGAGAAAGUCAUCCUCGACACUGUGUAGAGGAAAAUGGGGUGUUUAUCUGUAACUAUAUAACCAUGGCAUACAAUUGUUCUUCUCAUGACAAUAUUUAACACUCUCCUCCCAGAUCCGCUUUCUCCCUCUAUCCCCACAUCUCUCUAUCUCUCUCUCUCUCUCUCUCUCUCUCUCUUUCAAAAACAGGAAACAGUGGAGAAGAUGAAGGCCAGCACAAAGGAGGCCUAA